AGUGCGUGUUAUUUCUACAAUGACGUUGCUCUGUCUCUAGUAGCCAGUUCUGCUGGGCGCUCCUCGCUUUCCUUCAGAGAGCCGCUUUUCUAAACUCAGCCCCGGGAAACCAUGGCCGAGCAGGCCUCGGGAUCCACCCAGCCGCCUCAACAUGACGGGGUUCUGCAGCAGCGCGCGGCCGAGCAAGAGCAGGAUCGAACCGACUUCCUGAAGCUCAAACAACAGCUGGAGAUGGAGUUCAACCAGAAGCGGGCCAAGUUUAAGGAACUCUAUCUGUCUAAAGAAGAUGAGCUGAAGAAGCAGACUGCUAUACUGGAGAAGGCCCAGGCAGAGCUGAGCAAGAUGCAGGACCAGCUGGCCGAGGCUAGAGCAGAGAUGGAGACCAUCAAAGCCGUGGCCACCGUCUCUGAGAGCACGAAGCAGGAAGCCAUCGACCAGGUCAAGCAGCAGUGGCAGGAGGAGGUGGCGUCACUGCAGGCUAUUAUGAAAGAUGCAGAACGGGAAUUUAAGUUGCAGUUCCAGCAGAAGUUGGAGCAGGAGCGCGCUCAGUGGUCACAGUACCGUGAUGGGAUGGAGCGAGAAGUGGCUGAGUUACGCCGACGUCUUACUGAGGGACAGGAGGAGGAGAAUUUAGAGAAUGACAUGAAGAAGGCUCAGGAGGACGCAGAGAAGUUACGCUCAGUGGUGAUGCCAAUGGAGAGCGAGAUUGCAGCGCUGAAGGCCAAACUGUCAAGCUCAGAAGAUCGAGUUAAGGAGCUUGAGGCGGCAAAGGUGAAGGAGCUCAAUCACGUCCUGGAGGCUGAAAAAUCAUGUCGUACAGACUUGGAGAUGUAUGUUGCUGUCCUCAACACCCAGAAAUCUGUCCUUCAAGAGGAUGCAGAGAAACUUCGGAAAGAACUCCAUGAAGUGGUUCACCUGCUGGAGUUGGAGCGGCAGCAGCACAAUCAGCUGAAACACACUUGGCAGCGUGCCAACGAUCAGUUCCUGGAGUCGCAGCGGCUGUUGAUGCAAGACAUGCAGCGCAUUGAGAGCGUGCUGUCCUCCGAGCAGCUGCGGCAGGUGGAGGAGAUGAAGAAGAGGGACCAGGAGGAGGAUGAGAAAGAGCAAUUGAGUCAGGCUAAAGAGGCAAGUGAGGAUGAUGGGACAGAGCAUGCAGAAGCAGUGGAGGACUCUCUGCUCGGACUCUCCAUAGAAGAGUCUCACCUCAGCCACAGUAUCCACAGCUCUUUGCACUCUCUGGACGCAGACACCCCAGGCCGCCCAGACAGCUCUGACCCUUAUAAAGACGGGCUUCGGAGAGUGCAGUCCACAGACAGUCUGGGUUCUUCCGGAGGGGCCCUACAGCCUCAUGGGCUGGGUGGACAGAACAACAAGGCCAAGUCAGCCAGCCAGCUGGACGAGUCAGACUUUGGUCCUCUAGUGGGGGCAGACUGUGUGGGCUUUGAUAGCAUGGACACCACCUCCAUAUCAUCCCUCCAGCCGGGACACUUUCUCCUCACCAAGGACCAGGAGAAGGCCAUUAAGGCCAUGACCCCAGAGCAGGAGGAGACCGCAUCACUCCUGUCCAGCAUAUCUCAUAUGGCCGAUACGGCUUACCUGCCUCCGACUGGCUACCGAAUGGUCAGCGAGAGCGAGUGGAAUCUGCUCCAGCAAGAGUUGAAGAAUGCUGGAAGGAAGUUGGGGCGGCGAUGUGAUAUGUGCUCUAAUUAUGAGAAACAGCUGCAGGUCAUUCAGGGACAAGAGGCCGACACAAGAGAACAGGUUAAAAAGCUUCAGGUCAUGUUGCGGCAGGCGAACGAUCAGCUGGAGCGGACGAUGAAUGAGAGGCAGGAGUUAGAGGACUCUGUGAAACAGGCCAAUGAGGAAACUACUGCCAAGAUCUUAGAGUUGAAGCAGAAAGUUCAGGAGUCUGAGUCUCUCGUAAGUGCUCUCCAACAGGCCUUCAGCCAGGCCAAGAGGAACACCCAGGAACAGAUGGCUGUGCUGCUACAGUCGAGAGAGCAGGUGACUGAAGAGCUGAACAGACUGCAGAAAGAUAAUGAGAGUCUUCAGGGUAAACACAGACUUCACAUGACGCUGCAGCAGCAAGAGGACUUUCACAUGCCGACCACUGUACAGGAACUUCAGAAUCUGGUGCUGCAGUACAGAGAGGACAUUGUUUCUGCACGCACAGCAGCGGAGCAUUUGGAGGAAAAGCUGAAGGCUGAAAUUCUGUUCCUAAAAGAGCAGAUUCAGGCAGAGCAGUGUCUGAAAGAAAACCUAGAGGACACACUACAGCUGGAGAUAGAGGGCUGUAAAGAAGAGAUCGACAUCCUGGAAGCAUCUUUUUCCAGCUUGAAAACGGAACUGGAACGAGUGAAGAGUGAGAAGGAACAGCUGGAGAGCAGCUUGGCAGAGAAGAGACAGAUAUUGGAGAACGUCCAGGGCUUAAAGAACAGUCUGGAGGAACAGUUGAAAGAUGCCCUCGGCAGCAAGAGUGCUUUGGAGACUCAGGUGUUUGAAGAGAAAGACAAGGCACAGAGACUUCAAACAGAGCUAGAUGUCAGCGAGCAGGUCCAGAGAGAUUUCGUCAAGCUGUCACAGACCCUUCAGGUGCAAUUGGAGCGUAUUCGGCAAGCGGACUCAUUAGAGCGGAUCCGUGCCAUCCUCAACGACACCAACCUUACAGACAUCAGCCAGCUUCCCGAGACAUGAUGUCACUUCCUCCUCACGACUCCAUCGUGCACAUAUAAACACAUGCACUCUCAUACACGCUCCACCUGUACCUCAGAUUUUCGGCCCGACUCCAUCAAGCGAGGAAGACUUGAGCUUGCAGGUCUUGGAGAAACACUACUGAUACCUACUACUGCUAUCUGUCCAGCUUGUUCGCAAGAGCACAAAAAGACUCCCGUCUCUGAUUGACUGAAGGGUUUGUGUCUUGUAAUGCCACGAGGAGCUGCCGGUCUUUCAACGAACGCAUCUUUUGUUCCUCAUUCAGUUCAGGAAAUGAGAAAAUGGAUAAUCAACUAAUGUGACUCUCCCGUUCCCUGACCCUACCAAAGUUCCCAUCUCUUCCCUAUUUCCUCUGAUACCGCUCUACUUCUCUUCCGUCUUUCCGUCUGCUGAACUAGCAGCAGUGACCUAUGAAGGAAACGGACGCUCCUGAAGUGUUUUGUACAUACUUGUAUACAGAUUAUGUGUGUAUAUCGCAUUAGUUAAGUUAAUACACAAGACUUUGAUUCCCGUCUCAACCCGGCUCCUACUUUUUCACAAGCGACGCUGUUUCUCUCUUCAUCCACCAAUCAUUUCACUGGCUGUGUCGUAUAGUUUUUUCCUCAACGUCCGUCUUUGGAGAUCCUCCAAAUCUCUUCUUUUACUUCCUAACAAUUUGACAAACUUUGCUUAAAUGUUACUGCUACUUUUUUUGAAACGGACUGAUGUUUUUGCUUAUUUUUCCGUGUGUUUUUUCUUUUUCUGAAGGAUAUUGCAGACUCAUCUGACGAUAUUUACAGUUUACAUUUGGUCUGAUUAUUCAAUUUGAUUUGCGUCAAGUGUAAGGCAACAGCACUGUUUUAGAAGGUGGUUACCCAUCAUUCUGCUGUCUGUGUAUUAAUGAAAGCACACUAUGCUAAUGAUUUACAGUCACUGUGAUGCCCUGUGCAACUAAGGGGCGUCUUAAACUGAAUCCUGUGUUUUGUUUACCACUUUAAGGGGUACAAUAAUAUAUGUAUGUCUUACGUGCAGCGUCAACAAAAUUUCAUAUAGAACCAAAGUUGAUCAUGUUGACCUUAAAUACCUAAAGCAGCAUAUUUGGAUGGUUUAAAUCAAAUUGAAAAGAACAUGGAAAGGGCUAAUGGUUUUAAAUCAUUUUUUGGCUGCUGUUUUCUUUUAAACAAUGGAUGUGAGACGAUGUAACUCAACUACAGGAAACUAGCAUGUGAUUUAUGUUCAG